GACGCGGGUCAGUGUGGGAUCCCGCUCCCGCAGACCGCGCUGUUUAUUACUGUAAUUUACCGCUGUAUUUCUGCUGCUCGGCGCGGAGCUGAGCUGGAGGUGUAGCGCUGGUUGUGAGGCCGGGAGGGAGAGCCGCGGGCCUGGGCGCGGUGUUUUCAGGCAGGCGGUCGGCGCGGGCAGCUGUGAGAAGGCGCUGUGGCGGCGGGCCUGCUGCGGCUCUGUAUCGGGAGGCGCCGCUAAAGCGAAACCGUGUGUUGACUGGUGUGGGCUCCAGUAAAAUCUAAACCAUGUCAGUGCGGGAGGCUUUUAACCCGGAGAGUUACGAUCUGGAUAAGAACUUCAGGCUAACACGCUUCACAGAACUGAAAGGCACUGGCUGUAAAGUUGCUCAGGAUGUCCUUCAGAAACUUCUCGAGGCUUUGCAGGAGAACCAUUAUCAGGAGGAUGAGCAGUUCCUCGGGGCAGUUAUGCCCAGACUAGGCAUUGGAAUGGACACCUGUGUUAUUCCUUUGAGACACGGGGGGCUUUCACUAGUACAAACCACAGAUUACAUCUACCCUAUAGUAGAUGACCCAUACAUGAUGGGUAGAAUUGCGUGUGCCAAUGUCUUGAGUGACCUGUACGCCAUGGGAGUGACUGAAUGUGAUAACAUGUUGAUGCUGUUGGGUGUUAGUAACAAACUCUCAGAAAAGGAGAGAGACAAAGUGAUGCCCCUGAUUAUCCAAGGUUUUAAGGAUGCGUCAGAAGAAGCUGGUACCUCAGUCACUGGUGGUCAGACUGUUGUGAACCCGUGGAUAGUCCUGGGGGGCGUGGCCACAACAGUGUGCCAACCAAAUGAGUUUAUAAUGCCAGACAAUGCCGUGCCAGGUGAUGUGCUGGUUCUUACCAAACCUUUGGGAACUCAAGUGGCGGUAGCGGUACACCAGUGGCUGGACAUACCAGAGAAAUGGAACAAGAUUAAGCUAGUAGUGACUCAAGAAGAUGUGGAGCUAGCCUAUCAGGAAGCCAUGCUGAAUAUGGCCAGACUCAACAGAACAGCGGCAGGCCUGAUGCACACAUUCAACGCACACGCAGCCACAGAUAUCACAGGCUUUGGGAUUUUGGGACACGCUCAGAAUCUGGCCCGGCAGCAGCGCAGUGAAGUCUCCUUCGUCAUUCACAACCUGCCUGUCCUUGCCAAGAUGGCUGCUGUCAGCAAAGCCUGCGGGAACAUGUUCGGCCUAAUGCACGGCACCUGUCCCGAGACGUCAGGAGGCCUGCUGAUCUGUCUUCCCCGAGAGCAGGCCGCUCGCUUUUGCGCCGAGAUCAAAUCCCCCAAAUAUGGCGAAGGCCAUCAGGCGUGGAUCAUCGGCAUCGUAGAGAAAGGCAACCGCACGGCUCGCAUCAUCGAUAAACCUCGCAUCAUCGAGGUCGCUCCACAGGCAGCCACACAGAACGUCAACACCACCCCAGGAACUACGUCCUAAAGCUGAUCAUCCCCCUGCCAGUCCCUCAUGACCCACAGAUCCUGACCUGAGCAAUUAGCAUACUCUAGCACCAACACGGAGUAGAUAUACACACACCUGCCCACUGUGGCCUUAUGGCAGAUACUACAUGGACACGCUUACCAGUUAAAACAAGGGAUUAAAUAAAUGACAAAAUUCUCAUUGGUUUUUAUGUUUAGUUUUCUGUUACAGGAAGCUGCAGAAGCAUGUAGCGGUAAGGCAGCUUCUACAGUAAAUGAAGAGUAUGAUGAUAAUCUGAUACUGUUGAUUUCUUUUGGAUCUCCUGUUCCUCUGAGUUGUGUCCACAGAAUCGCCCAAACUCCAAGUCUUACCAAGAAUUACCAGUGUGUUCAAACCUUAUGCAGAUUAUACAUAUUGUUUUUCAUCCUCCUGAUCUGACUAGCAGUAGUUCAGACUGUAACUGAUGCCUUCAGAACUGAUGAAGAGAAAUAAAUAAUAAUAAAGGUUUUUUUUUAAACCUUUGCUUUUGUAUUAUACUCUCCUCAUCUAGUCAAAUAAAGUCUUUUUUUUCUUUUAAAUGGACUGAAUGAAUCAAAAGGAAUACCUCUCUCAAAGAUUACUCAAGCCCUCAUAUUCUUUAAAGUGUACCAUGUCUACCUUAAACAGCAGUGUGUUGGCAUUUGUCAGAGAAUGUAAACAGCGGAGAUGCAGUUUAUAUAUUGUACGAUAUUCACCGUUUCAUAUAGACAUCAUUAGAUUCUUCUCUGUGAUAGAGUUGAGUUUUUAUAUUCUCCUAUGAAGACCAUAUGAUUAUUUUUUUCUCUCUUAUCUCUCUUUUUUUCUUUCUUACUCUGUUUCUGAUUCACUAAUGGUGACAUAUGCCUUUGUGCCCCCUGAAUAAAUUUGAUCUUUUUUAA